AUGCAAAUUUUUAGAUCUAGUCUCCUCAUCUGUGUUAUUUCUACCAUCUGCCCCACCGGUUGGACUACUUACCAUGACUCUUGUUACUUCUUUAACAAUCCACCUUCGGAGUAUGAAAAGGCUCUGGCGAAAUGUUAUGAGAUGGGAUCAAAUCUCUUCGUAGCGGAAACGCUCGAAGAAUGGGAAUACGUAAAUGAACAUUCGACAGUGAGCACAUGGAGCUGGAUCGGUCUUACUAUGGAAGAUGAUCAACAAAAUCCCAAAUGGCUUACUAGCGGCGCAAUGAAUCCACUUGAAAUUGUGUUUUUCGCGAACUUUCCCGAUGGUCUGCAAAAUCAUUUUUUUUUCAGCAACUGGCUAGUCAAACCAUUUGUCGCUUCUUCCAAUGGAUGGUCAGCAUCGGCAAAAUGUGCGGCUCAUUUGAAUGUUCCCAAAGCCGGAAGCGACUACACUUUCUUCAUCCCAUGCACUUUGCAAGUGAAUUCUAUUUGUGAGAAAAACGCAACGCUUUUCCCUCGCAUUUGGGAUCAUGGAUUGAUAGGCCUGUAA